UUGGCUUUCAUAAAAGCCUCACGCAUGAUAACUAAGCCUUUUCGCGACAAAUCAAGCGCUUUGCAUGAGCAGCAUCAAUACAAAAUAUACAUAAUACACAUAUAAGCGGUGUGUAAGUUUUCGCCAACGCUGACAACUGGUUCGUUGCGCAUAAAUAAAUAUCUACAUAUGACUGUAAGAACAACUUGCCCAGAAGCGGCGCGAUACGCAACCAACCCCAGCUAGACGCAAGUUGUCGACUCAUCUCGUGUGUUCAUUCCUUUUGUAACAGUUGAAGCACGCGGUACACGCUUCCCUGACUUUUAAGUAAAAACGCUAGAAUUUAGGAUGUUGAAUUUAUGGUAAAAGUAAACGGAAGUGUCGAAAUGUGCGUGGGAAUAUGAAGAACAGCGACUAAUUAUAUGAAAGUGAAAAUUAACGUUAAAGUGAAAUUAAAAAGUGUGUGUGUUUGAUAAGGAACGAGUGAGAAUAAAUAAGAGAAAUUUAAAUUUGAAUAUAACAAUGUUUUACAAGACAUCCUUGUGGCUUAUCACGCUAGUGUGCUGCUAUGCACAACUGACAAGUGGCUACGAAAUGAAUAUGACCGAGUACUUUAAAAUGCCGAAUUUAUAUGACUUCGACGAUUACGAUCGCUGCUUACAAGAGUAUAAAAGUCAACAAACAUAUUGCUUUGUGCGUGCCGAAGUGCUGCCGCAAAAUAACUCGGAGGCUUGGCGGGUCAUCGCCGAUAUAUCGAAAUACCACAAACAUCAUUUCGAUCAUCGACACUUGUACUUUGGUUUGUGUUUGCGCUGGUGCGAGGAGGAUUUGGCAGAUGUCAACGCUAAUAUGGCUAAAGAACUUUACGCCGGUCUACUCACCAACAACACAAAGCUAAAUACAUAUGUUAAUUUAUUCAGCGCAGAGGAAACGAAUCGUCAACGUUAUAACACCAUAUUGAAUCAAUGCAUUAAUUUGAAAUUAAAACAGGCGCAUGGACUAAAGGCUGUCAGCAUGCUGGAAUAUUGCGAAACAAAUUACAAAACUGUCGAAAUGGAUACAUGGAAUCUCACCUUCUACACCACCACUUUGGUGUUAAUUUUAUUGGUGGUCGCCAGCAGCUUAUUUGACUUAUAUUGCAAGCACACGCCUGGUGAUAAAGAAAUUUCAAAAGAGGAUCACUACAAAAGCGCGGUAACAGGACGAGUUAAGCGAUUAUGCGUGAGCUUUUCCAUUGUGCGCAAUUGGUAUCGGCUAAAUCAGGAGCCAGCCGGCAAAUUGGGACGCGAUCUACGUUUUCUUGAUUGUUUCAAAUUUUUCUGCAUGUUCUUAGUGGUUUUCGCGCACACCAACUGUAUACUGUAUGAGGGCGCUCUGAGUAAUCCACAGGAUAAUGAGCGUUUAUUACACACAGUUGCUGGCACAUUGCUGAUAUCCGGCGGUUUGAUAACGAUCACCUUCUUUGUAUUCAGCGGCUUGUUGCUCACGAUCAAUUGGAUAGAAUUGACGAAAAUUAAGAAUGACUUGAGCAAUGCGGAGUAUGUGGAGGUGUUUAUUAAGUUCAAUAUAUUUCGCUAUUUGCGCUUGACCAUACCAUAUGCUUUUGUCAUCUUAUUGAGUGGUGUGUACUUUGAAAACCCUGGUGGUCCACUUUGGCGACACAUUGUUGAACGUGAACAACUCGCUUGCCGCAAAAAUUGGUGGGCCAACCUGCUCUAUAUCAAUAACUAUUAUCACAAUAAUGAGAAGUGCAUGCUCCAGAGUUGGUAUUUGGCAUCCGAUACUUUCUCAUUUAUGAUAUCUUUGCUUCUACUGGUAAUAGCACACAAAAUGCCGCACAUGCGCAAUUGGCUGUUUGGUUGCGUUGGCGGAUUUUUCUACGUGCUGCCGGGUUUUAUAACAUAUUUCGGCGAUUACGAUCCCUUCUUUGUGCCAUCGCCACAAACUCAAAAGGACUCGUUCAUAGACGAUCGCGAAUUCAGCGACAUCUAUGCACCGUUCCACAUGAAUUUCGCUUGCUACUUCUGCGGCGUGCUCGCGGCCAUUGCUUAUAGCGAGAUUUCGGCAAAACAAUUUAAAUUGCAUGAAUAUAAAUUGUUCCAAUGCCUUUGGUACGCACUCAUUCCGAUUGGUGUGCUAUGGCUCUUAUCGGCGCAUCCGAUUUAUCAGCAUUACUACGAGGAACAACCAAGGUUUUGGAAUAGUGUUUAUGCUGCAAUACAACGCAACAAUUGGGCGUUGGGUCUGGGCGUUUUCGUUGUAGGCAUGGCUUGCCAAGUGGGCGGUUUAUUCCGCAAGUUUUCUUGUUUGCCUAUCUUUCGUAUUUUGGGACGUCUGACCUAUGGCGCCUUCGUGAUACACAUAUUCGUGGCACGCGUAGUGUUGGGUACUUUAAGAACACCACUUUACUUUGGACCAGGUGUUAUGUUUUACUUUAUACUCGCCACUGUGGUGGUUUCAUAUCUACUCUCAUUAGUAUUAGCAGUUUUGGUUGAGUUGCCGACGUCUGCUAUGUUGAAGCUUAUGCGUUAAUUCAAAGCAGGCAUUGUGCUUGCCACAGUUGCCCAACGAAUGGAAAUGCAAUGCCAAUAAUUUUGAUUUGAAAGACUUAUCUUAUUAAAUUACCUCUUAACCUAUCAUUUGUAUUACUUAGUUUAGCUAAGGAGACUUUUAUUUUAGAAAUAUAUACGUUUUUUCUUAAU